UUACCCACCAUAAAACGAAGGUGUUUUGUAAAUGUCAGAAUCUCAGUUUCGGUUAUUGUUUAUCGAAAGUUUGUAAUGAAAAAUUUGUGACGAAAAUACGACUAAAAUAAGACUAAGACAGUGCCAGUACAUCAUGUGGAUAUAAUACGUGUUACUAAGACAUCACAAUUCUGUCACAAAAAAUAAUGUUCGCCGAAACGGCAACAUCAAAGUGGCAGAAAGAGUUUUCCUCUAAACGGAUACGAACAUCAUGCCGUGAACUGGACGUUGCUCUAUCAAAUGGAAUACCCACCGGUGUGAUAACAGAAUUCUGCGGUCCUCCAGGAUGUGGAAAAACGCAAAUCUGUUUACAGCUGUGCGUUAAUGUUCAAUUACCCGGUGAAUUGGAUGGUCUCGACGGUGAGGCAGUGUUUAUUGAUACAAACUGUGGUUACAGUCCAUACCGAUUCCGUAGCAUUGCCACUGCCCAAUCAACAUUAUGCCGGAAUGUUAGCCAAAAUUUUCAUUCGACGCCUGUGUCGGUGUUGAUGGACAAAUUCAUGAACGGCAUCAAAUCCUACUUUGUACGAGACUAUGGUGAACUACUGGCAGUUAUCCAUAAUUUGUGGACUCUUCUCGCCGAAAAUUGCCGCAUCCGUUUGAUUGUCAUUGAUUCGUUUUCCUGUUUGUUUCGAAAUAUGAAAGGCGAUGUCAUCCUUUCUCAGACAGUGUACGUAACAUUGACCAAUCUACAGAAGUUGGCAAAUAACUUCGGAUGUGCUAUUGUGUUAACAAACGAGCUGACUCGAAGACCGGUUAGUACCAGCGAUAUGCCAGACUUUAUAGUGCCAACAUUGGGAGAUUCGCAUCUGCAUCGAAUUGGUCAACUGAUUACAUUGGAUCAGGAGUGUGUUGGAUCGGAUAUAUUUCUUGCAAGGAUUGAUAAAGCUUUGCAUGCCGCAGAGACGGUUGUAAAAUUUCGUAUUACUGAGAAUGGAAUCGAAAGCGCUGCACCCAAACGAUUGAGAACGCAGUGAUAGCACUUUUUUACCCUGCAAUUUACAUUAGAUUUUGUUACAUUUUUGUGU